AUGAGUAACGAUUACGAUUACCUGUUCAAGCUUCUGCUUAUCGGCGACUCUUCCGUUGGAAAAUCAUGCUUGCUUCUCCGAUUCGCUGAUGACUCCUACGUCGACAGCUACAUCAGCACCAUUGGAGUUGAUUUCAAAAUCAGAACUGUCGACCUACAAGGCAAAACCGUCAAGCUCCAGAUUUGGGAUACAGCUGGACAGGAGCGAUUCAGGACUAUAACAAGCAGUUAUUAUAGAGGAGCACAUGGAAUAAUUAUUGUCUAUGAUGUCACUGAGAUGGAAAGCUUUAACAAUGUGAAGCAGUGGUUGAAUGAGAUUGAUAGAUAUGCAAAUGAUAGUGUAUGCAAGCUUCUUGUGGGGAAUAAAUGUGAUCUAGUUGACAACAAGGUUGUAGACUCACAAACUGCCAAGGCAUUUGCGGAUGAGCUUGGUAUCCCUUUCCUUGAGACAAGUGCUAAAGACUCUAUCAAUGUGGAGCAGGCAUUCUUAACUAUGGCAGCAGAGAUUAAGAAGAAGAUGGGAAGCCAAACAACUGUUGGUAAGUCUGCAGAAACUGUUCAAAUGAAGGGGCAACCAAUCCCACAGAACAGCAACUGCUGUGGUUAG